CUCGCCCGGUUUCAUCAGUUUCAGCCCAGGCAAGAGAUGGCCCCGCCUUCCUGCCUGCCAAUCAACCGGCCCUCGCGCCUGCGCAGACAUCGCCCUCUCCCGAAGCCCCGCCCCAGUCACCGCCCCGAGACUGUUGCGGGCGGUUAGAUGUGGCGGGAGUUUUCCUUCAUUAGCUCUCCCACUAUGACGAUCACCUACAGCUGCAUUGCAAAUGGCCGAGCGGUCCUAGCGGAGCUGGCCCUAACCGGCGGGUCUUAUCAGGAAGCAGCAGCAGCAGUGCUUAAGCUAGUACUUCUUAGAGCUGAACCAAAGACCAUGAUUCAAAUGGGAAGCUUUGUCUACCAUACUCUCUUUAUUGACGGAAUCACUUACCUUUGUGCCUCAGACAAUGCCUUAGAUAUUUUAACACCAUCUGCAUUUCUUAAAAAUGUUAGUGAGACUUUUCUGAAAAAUCCUUUGAUGUCACAAGAACAUUUUUCUCCUUCAAAUGCAGUUGCUGCAGAUUUUCAACAAGUAUUAGGAAAGUAUAUGAUGAAAUACAAUACAAAUCAAGUUGACAGCUCGAUAUCCACACUGAAGAGUCAAGUAACUGAUGUAAAAAAUGUUAUGACCCAAAAUAUCGAUAAAAUUUUGGAAAGCGAAGACAGAUUGAAUAUCUUCACUGGUAGAACGGAUGAUCCGCAAACAACUGCCAAAGAAUCCCCCCAAACAAUGAAGAUUCUUAGGAGGAUAUGGCGGAAACACUGCAAAAAGAUCAUAAUCAUCAGCAUGGCAAUUCUUCUUUCAAUCAUCAUCAUUCUUUUAAGUACAAACGUUAUACCAACUUGACCCUU